GAGGCGGAUGUGAAGCCGUGGGCUGCUAGCCCCGCCUCCGGAGCGAUCAGUUAGGAUAUGAUUGGGUUGCCUGCCUGUCAUUCCAUCAGCCGCGGCAUUCCGCUCCUAAGGCUUCCGCUAGCGACGUUUUCACCCUAGAAAAGAGUUCGGCUCAGACUCCAACAACCUGCCGGUGUGUGUGGCAGGGGCGGGAGUGCUUCCUCGAGCAUUCCGAACAUCGAGUGCCGCUCUGCGUACUUCUUCCGCUUGGUGCCCGUUUUGAGAGCAAAAAUGAAUGUUGGAGUUGCUCACAGUGAGGUAAAUCCAAAUACUAGGGUAAUGAACAGUCGUGGGAUGUGGCUGACAUAUGCACUGGGAGUUGGUUUGCUUCAUAUUGUCUUGCUGAGUAUUCCCUUCUUCAGCGUUCCUGUUGCUUGGACCUUAACAAAUAUUAUACAUAAUCUGGGAAUGUAUGUAUUUUUACAUGCAGUAAAAGGAACACCUUUUGAAACUCCUGACCAGGGUAAAGCGAGGCUGCUAACUCACUGGGAACAACUGGACUAUGGAGUUCAAUUUACUUCUUCACGGAAGUUCUUCACAAUUUCUCCAAUAAUUCUAUAUUUUCUGGCAAGUUUCUACACCAAGUAUGAUCCUACACACUUCAUCUUAAAUACAGCUUCUCUCUUGAGUGUGCUAAUUCCCAAAAUGCCACAACUGCACGGUGUUCGAAUCUUUGGUAUUAAUAAGUAUUAAGCUGAAAAUGUGAAACUGAACUAUUCUGACCAAAACUUUGUGGCUACUGCUUUUUCUAUAAAGAAGGAAUAGGUAGCAUGCUAUGCUGUUUACAUUGUAACGUGCAAUGGGAAGUUUUUACAUUCAAGGUCUAAUACUUAUUUGUAUGCUAUUUGGAAAAGCAGAUUUUUAUGAGAUGCCUCUUAAGUAUUUAACAGGUCUGCUAAAUUUUUGCAGACGUUUUCCAGGAGAGUAGGGCAGGCCCUGCUCACAAAUGAUUGAUAGUAUAGUACAGUGAGAGCAGAAAAGCUCUGUACCAAUACAGGAGUCUUGAAGAUAGGAGUAGCUUAGUUUAUAAUGAAAGGGCAUUAUGUAGAAAGAGUUAUCAGUUGUAAAAGUCAGGUUGAAGUAGAUUUAUAUGUGGAGCAGAAUCAUCCUGUACAAAAGUGAAAUAUCCUAUUCCUAAGACAGCCAGCUCUUUUUUAUUUUACUUAUUUGCUCUUUAUUUUUGCUGGCUUAUGAUUCUGUCUCUAGACCUGGUGAGUUCUCUGGAUGUAUCAGAAGAUGAUGUGCUUUCAACCUCAUAAAUAGGAUGUCAGUGUUGCUUCCUGCAGCUUUCUAGUGAGUGUUAAGAUAUUAAUUUAAGGCAAAAUUCUGCUGGGAAUUUUUGUUUUUUAAAGGCUGCUAAUCAUUUUUGGAGGAAAAAAGACAACAAACUAAUUUGAUUCCAGGCAGUCUGAAACAUAAUGUGUAAUUCUUUGAUUAUUUAGUUGAACCAUUUAAUGGCUAAAAUCUCUUAUCUGGAGAGGGAUAGUUAAAUUUUAAAUAGACAGCUUAGAAUAUAAGGAAAUUAGUUGUCUAGUAAAAAGAUAACUUUCUCCAGCCAUGGUACAAAAUAAGCUACUAAACACUGGAUGUGUUUUGUUUUUUUUCCCUAGUAGCUUUGCAGUAAAGAAUUAUACUUUCCCUUUAUAGUUCCUUUUCUCCAUCUCCAGUUUGUCUAUUAGUUUUCAAGGUGGGUAUCAAUUUUAAGCGGUCAAGAAAGUGAACUUAAAGUUAUUUUAAACCAGUCAAUAGACCAUUCUUAUUGAUAUACAUAAUUCCUUAUUGUAGUAAGGAAUUCUUCAAAACUUUGUUAAUGAUAAUUAGCUAUAGCAAACAUCAGAAAAUAAAUUAUUUAAAAAAUUAGCAUUCCAAACUUCAAUCAUUUUUUGGAAAAUUAAAAUUAAAGUUAGUUUUGCACUAUUUAAAAAUCAGUCUAUCUUAAAAAUGCCAUACUAUCUUUAAAUUGUCUCGGGGAGAUCAUUGUUUUGCAUUGAUAGUCUUCAGUAUGGAAAUCUAUUAUGUAAUUGACUUUGUAUGUUUUUGUCUUUUUCCCACAUUUUGAAACACUAAGAAAAAUGAAUGUUUUACUUUAAUAAAUAUUAUUUUUUAA